AUCCCACUUUAAUCGUCUGUAACUCGUGAUAUAUGGGAGGUGUGUAACUUAAGUUAAGGAAACUUAAGCAAAUACCAUUAUGUACUUACAAUGGCAUUAAAUUAACAACAAAAUAACACGUGUUGGAGAACGUGGCUGGCCAAACUGAUUUACGAGAUCAUGAGCUAGCUGGAUAGUGGCUACAUUUCGGUUCAACAAAUACGGUGAAGCAAGAAGAUAGCCAGUGUGUAGCCAGCAUUAUCGAGUAGACCAGCAAUGAAGCAACCAGCAAACUAGAUUUAUUCGUGGCAUCACUACUGGCUAGAUUAAUUUAAUCUCCCUGGUGUCUCACUCAGAAUAACCAUCUACUAACUAGUCAUUUCGGCAAGUGACAUUGAGCUAAACCAAUGUUCAUUUUAGUCAGUGUUUCGAUUCACAAAUUAGCGCUCAGCGCGCCUUGCUAAGUUACUGGCUGUCUCGGUAAAAAAAAAGAAGGAUUCUUUAAAGCUUGCAGUGCAGAAAACGAAGACAUUCUGCUCACCAUUUGCAGUUGUUUAUAGCAUAAGUGUUUAACUUGCCCUAAUUAAAGUUGUUGUUUUUUUGCAACAAGAAGCAGCUGUUACGAGUGGGGAAGCGAUCCUUCAGGCUGCAGAGGCCUUUGAAAAACGACCUUGUGCCCAAUGCAGUUCAGCUGUCGGUGCGGCUGUUCCAGGGUUGAACACCCACUGGUGUCCAGCGUCAUAGAUCAGGUGGCAGCUAGCCUGUCAGUAAAGAAGGGAGACCCCAGCUGGGUCAAGUGUUGUGCAACAACAGCUUGGUACAGUGGGUGAAGGUUUUCCCCUUGGCGUGGACACCGACAUGCCCGUGUUCGUGGAGGAUCCGGCUCAGUUCUCUAAACAGAGACUGAAGUUGGAGUUAGUCGCCAACAAUGUGGACCUACCCGCGGGGGAGAGAAAGAAACAAGUAUAUUUGGAUCUGUACAUGAAAUACGUAUCCAAGAAGGGCGCCGCCGAUUUCUCAAGCGACGAGGAAGACCAAGUGCAAGGGAAUGACGUCGACGACCCCGGUGUACGGGAAGAAGAGGAAGAGGAGGAAGAUCAGGCGGAGGAAUCGGACGUGAUGGACGUGACGCAGCUGACGGAUGAUGAGCUGAAGGCCCAGCUCCUCCUGCUUGGGGUGAAAGCUGGACCCAUUGUAGACUCUACUCGGGUUCUGUACGAGAGGAAGCUGCAGAGGUUACUGGAUCAAGCCCCGCAGCCCGACCAGAACGGCACCAACGAGGCGGACCAGUACUCCGACAGCGAGGAAGACAACGACGACGAGGAAGAGGAUAAGCCAGGUGGCGACGACGUGCACGCAGGUCCGGAGCCGGUGGCCGUGGCCAUGGUCACGGGUUCCAGGCACAGCCAGCUCGGAAGCAAGCCGGUGGGACUUCGCUCUGUGGACGAUGAGAAUUAUUACUAUCCACAAUGUUUUAUUCCUUCUUCAAGAAUGAGAGUGAAGCACGAGGCCCCCCGUAAAUGGGACGCAGAGCCCCAGGGGAACCUCAGUGCCACUGCAGACCGGCCCGUGGGUGUGUCUCCCUACAAGUCGCGGGAGGGCAGUCGGGUAGCUUCGCCCUCUCCUUCCACCUCCAACUACACCUCCGCCUCCACCUCCAUCUCAUCCAGCUUCAGCAUCACCCAGAUGGUGGAGGAGCUGGAGAACCGGAGCCCUCACUCCUCCAGCAGGGCGGCAGCAGUGAGCAGGUCCAGCUGGAGUCUGUGGGACAGGGAGCCGGCGUGUGGGUCUGCUUCGCUCGGGCGGGCCGUGAGGAAGAUGGAUAAGUGCACCAUGACGGGCAGGUCGCCCCUGAGGCCCAGGUCUCCUCUCGCCGGCCCCGGGGCCCCUCUGUACAGGCUGCAGUGCAAGGCAAAUGCUCCCGUGACCGAUGUUCUGACCGAGAUGUUUCCGGAUGCCAAUCGCACGCCUACUGGGAUCGCAGCGACCCGCCGGCGGCCGAUCAAGGGGGCCGCAGGCCGGCCUGUGCAGUACAAGUACCCCGACACUCCCCUGAGCCCCCCCUCUCUGGAGAGGCUGGAGCUGCAGCAGCGCCUGGUGCCCGUGUGGGUGCAGGCCCUGGUCUUCCUCGGCGUGGCCGCCCUGCUCUACCUCAUCUACGGAGCCAUGGAGGACAGCCUGGAGGGACCGUUCUCAGCGCUUCUGGACAACCUGAGCCAGGGGGCGGGGCCUGCCGAGGAGGCCCCGCCCCUGCCUGAGCUGCAGGACAGCCCCGCCCCCCUGCUCGCUGAAGAGUACUGACUCCGCCCCCUUUGUGUGUAUUUGUGUGUGGGGGGAGAUUUAGUCUAAACUUUCUACUUUGGCGAGGGUGGGGGGAGAUGGGGGGGAUAGGUGAGGCAGGUGACUAAGUUCCUCUAGGCUUGUUUCCCGGUUUUUAUAAAAGCACAACAUUCAGGUACAGAACUGAGAAUAUGGAAGCCCAAUACUGUAUUAUUUGUGGUUUUGCGGAUGGAAGAGGGGAAGUGCUUUCCUCAUUAGUAUACUGUAGGCUGUUUUAGAUAUUUCACGGCCAUCUACAUGCUUUUUAACCCAAAAGGUUGUUUUGUUCUGUGGGUGUAAAAAGGGAUUGACAAGCAGAUCAGAUUGAGGGCCAAAACCUGGUCUGUAUGGUUGUUUGUGUGAGUUGCGGAAUGGGGCAGAAGAGCCUAUACCACAUGUUGUCUUUGCUCCUUAAAAGUUAAAGGUCCAGAUGCAUUCUGAUCUGUUCAGGUCAAAACAAAUCCAUACAACAGCAGGAGAGUGUUGUGAAGAAACGGCCCCAAUAUCCCCUGGACUUUGUAUCUUCUUGGGGAUCCAUGUCCCUAUAAUUCUGGCACUGUCGUUUCCUGUUUACAUCAAGAUAAUUUAGUUUUUUUUUUAAAAGAUCUGUUUUUGAGAUAUUUGAACACACGCAUGGAAAUCCAAAAUGAGUGGGCAGGAUCAUCUAGCCCUUUCUUAAAGGUGGUCAAAAUUAGCUAUUAAAUAUGUUCCUUCCUGUUGGAUUCUGUUUUUACUGGAAUUAUGUUUGUCAUUCUGUCACUAGCUGUGAUGUUUUUCAAUGUUUUUGAAUAAAGAAAUGAUUUAUUAAAUUACCCGUGGACUUCA